AUGGACCCAAUAACCUUUGCAAGAGCAUCAUUUGACUUGGCCCAAUUGGUCAAAAGACUAUCCAAAACCUACGAUGAAUUGGACUCCAGGAUCGAUCUUAUGUAUGCUGUGUCAAAGCAGGCCUUGAUCAUGUGCAGGAUUUCAAAGUCUAGAGUGCCGGACGAAAUGCAGGACUUAUGUGCAAUCAUUGAAAAGAAGUGCAUUACGAUCUUGAACGAGCUAUGGGAAUGGAAAGGCCGCUUCAAAGAGGAGGGAAAGAACAAAAGGCCUUCGAGCUUCAAGGGUUCGUGCGCCAAGGUCAAGGCACAGACUCGGCUUCCGGAGCUGACAGAAGAUGUAAAUGAUAUUGCCUUGCAUACAAACAACUUGCUCCUCGCUGUAAACAUCGAAGCUAUGGCCUCCCUGGCAGCCUCCAAAGAAGCUGUCAAUAAAAAGGUGGACAAUAUCUUCGCGAUUGUUUCUCGCCCACCCAUGGAUCCUGGUCCUCUACGUGAACCUGGAAAGUAUGUCACUAUCGAUGAUGGAUUGAACCCAAUUUUCGAACUGCCACCUAGUUUGUGUGAAACGCCGCAGCGACUUCAACGCACACUAGCUAUCGCAUUUGAAUCAAUGCCCGGUUUAGCGCAGAUCAAGCGAGGGCAUUUCGUAGCAUACCAUUGGAAUAUAAACCGCCUGAUUUGCGCCAAUGAAUGGCCGGUAGUCAUCGAAAAAGGAUACGGUAUCAGAAUUGCCUUCGUGAUGGGAACUUGGCUUCCUAGCAAGCCGAAUAAAUGCAUUCGGUGUCUCAAGCCCAUGGAAAUGAGUCCAAGAAUCAUAAAAGGAGAGCUCAUAAGCUGCAAGUCCUGUGAUCUUCAGUUUUCCAAAUUCGGUCCCUUGGACUUUGAUUACGAACCGCAAGAUGUCAGCUUCCAUUUCGGAGGUUAUCAUGAUUACAAAAAGAAAUCACAUCGAAAGUCUUCACCCCCACCGUCUCCUGCAUUGGCUACCAGCGAUGCCUCCGCAAAACCCCGACCUGUGAAUGGUAGCACCACCAGUACUGAUUCUGGGCAUCUAUUCUGCCUCUAUCUUGCGUGGGCGAGCACCCCGUCACACCUGGUGCCUGAAAUGACAUUGCAUCUCGUGGUCUCUCAUACGAGACACAAUGACGAGGGCAUCUCUUUCUUAGACUAUAGGAGCCUCAACUACAGCAACGACACCUAA